AUGUCGGGAGGCGGGAGCGUGGUUCGUGGGCCAGCGGGAAACAACGACUGUCGGAUCUACGUCGGUAACCUGCCGCCUGAUAUCCGAACUAAAGACGUGGAGGAUGUGUUCUAUAAGUACGGAGCGAUCCGGGAUAUCGACCUGAAGAACCGGAGAGGAGGACCGCCGUUCGCUUUCGUGGAAUUCGAGGACCCCAGGUAACUAGCUAGUUAACUAUGCUAAAAAAAAGCUGUAGCUAACGUUAGCCGCUUUUAGAACCUAGCGGUAAAGAGCGUUGGGCCAGUAACCGAAAGGUUAGUUAAUAAUAAUAAUAUAAUAAUAACAUGCCAUUUAGCAGACGCUUUUAUCCAAAGCGACUUACAGUCAUGCGUGUAUACAUUUUUUGUGUAUGGGUGGUCCCGGGGAUCGAACCCACUACCUUGGCGUUACAAGCGCCGUGCUCUACCAGCUGAGCUACAGAGGACCUCCUGUGAGUCGCUAAAUGACUAAAAUGUCAAAGUAAACCGCCUUAGUUAGCUUCCUCCCACAACAAGGGGUUAUGUAUCAGCCCAUGCAAUGUCCUAACAGAACAUAAACAUACUGUAUGUUGGGACAUUGCAUUGGGCAGUGUUACGAACCCCGUGGCUCUAAACGUCUAGGGUGGAUGGACAUGAGACCCGUAACAUAAAUUAUGCAAAUUAGGAGUGUGGCAUGGAGCAGUGAGAACAAAUGUGACACAACAACCAUGAACUACCGUCAAACACACAUGGUUUAUUUCAGAACACACGGUAAGGGUUUGGGAAAAAGGGCUGAGCAGGACCCAAGAAAUGAAACAAUAGUGUAAAACCCCCUAAACUGAUCUAGCCUGCCUGAAGAACCGCUAGGCUACUGCUAGUCAUACAAAAGUACAGUGGGUGGUCCGCUCAGGUCUAACUAGUGUUUUUAGACAGAUUUCUUCCUACGGGUAAUGUACGCCCAAGGGCAACUAGCUUAAACUCCCCUUUUCCCAGAAACACACAAAGCUACCAAACAGGGUAAUCAGCAAGUAAGUAGUACACAAUACACAGGACACCACAGUAUCCGCACUCACAUAACAAAACAGUAGUCUAACAGAAUUUACCAAUCAUAAUAAACAGCAACUUAGUGAGUAACCAAAAACAGGACACCACCGUGUCCAUACUCACAAACGGAAAUAUUCUCUCUCUCUCUCAACAAACACAAGACUGGUUUUUUAUACAAUGGGCUGUGUGAUUGAACAAACGAGUAACAGGUGGUGCAAUGCACAGGAAUGUUCACUGAUUGGUCCGAUCAGCAGACACCUCAACGACCACCAAUCAGGAACAUACAGGACACCUGUGAUUAGGGCAGAAGGAGAGAAACACACAAAAACACAGGAUACCUGUAUCCGUAACAGGCAGACACAGAAAACGAUCAGACUAGCUGACCUAACUCAACUCCACAAUGGACUUUUACCAUCGUAAAUCGUUGAGUUUAGUCGGCUAGUAUCAGCCCAAAUGUCCCAACAGAAUCCCUUGUUACGGAACGAAGCUAGAACAGCCCCAGAAAGAGUUGGGUAACUUAGCUUUAGCGAUAUAGCUAGCUCGCUACCUCGUGUUAUGUUUGAGACUGAGGUGGAGAUGAGCUAUGGUCAAGCGCCAAGGUAUUGGUUAGGCCCGUUUCAGAACUAGUUUUCCAGACUGAUAUAACUGACGGACAAAUCCAGCCAGAGUUCCUUGCUUCCUUGUCAUACGUGUUGCUCAAUUGUAGUAGGUACCAAUCUAUCUGCUUUCGUUUUCGAGAUGAUUGAUAUCUAUCGAGGGAGGAACAGGUUUUUACAUAUUGUGUAUAGUUAUUUCUUCUGAACACUUCCGUUUGUUGGCAAUGUCAAGUCUUGCACAUUUUUUCAAAAUAGUUUUAUGUUUGCUAGCUGGCCAGGCAAACGCCGCGGAGUACUAAACUGUAAACCAAUCAAAACUUGUGUACUAUGCAUGGUACUAUCUCUGCUGAUCAUGUCUGCCAAUCAAAUCAAAUGUUAUUGGCCACACGCGCCGAAUACAACAGGUGCAGACAUUACAGUGAAAUGCUUACUUACAGCCCUUAACCAACAGUGCAUUUAUUUUUAAUAAAAAAGUAGAAUAAAACAACAACAAAAAAGUUAUGAGAAAAAAAGAGCAGAAGUAAAAUAAAAUAACAGUAGGGAGGCUUUAUAUACAGGGGGGUACCGGUGCAGAGUCAAUGUGUGGGGGCACCUGCUAGUAGAGGUAGUUGAAGUAAUAUGUACAUGUGGGUAGAGUUAGUGACUAUGCAUAAAUAAUUAACAGAGUAGCAGCAGCGUAAAAAGAUGGGGUGGGGGGGCAGUGCAAAUAGUCCGGGUAGCCAUGAUUAGCUGUUCAGGAGUCUUAUGGCUUGGGGUAGAAGCUGUUGAGAAGUCUUUUGGACCUAGACUUGGCACUCCGGUACCGCUUGCCGUGCGGUAGCAGAGAGAACAGUCUAUGACUAGGGUGACUGGAGUCUUUGACAAUUUUGAGGGCCUUCCUCUGACACCGCCUGGUAUAAAGGUCCUGGAUGGCAGGAAGCUUGGCCACAGUGAUGUACUGGGCCGUACGCACUACCCUCUGUAGUGCCUUGCGGUCGGAGGCCAAGCAGUUGCCAUACCAGGCGGUGAUGCAACCAGUCAGGAUGCUCUCAAUGGUGCAGCUGUAGAAUUUUUUGAGGAUCUGAGGACCCAUGCCAAAUCUUUUUAGUCUCCUGAGGGGGAAUAGGCUUUGUCGUGCCCUCUUCACGACUGUCUUGGUGUGUUUGGACCAUGAUAGUUAUGUAGAACUGAUUUAAGUAUCCCUGCAUUAAAGUCCCCGGCCAGCGCUGCCUCUGGAUGAGCGUUUUCCUGUUUACUUAUGGCCUUAUACAGCUCAUUCAGUGCAAUCUUAAUGCCAGCAUCGGUUUGUGGUGGUAAAUAGACAGCUAUGAAAAAUAUAGCUGAAAACUCUCUUGGUAAAUAGUGUGGUCUACAGCUUAUCAUGAGAUACUCUACCUCCGGCGAGCAAAACCUCGAGACUUCCUUAGUAUUUGAUUUUGUGCACCAGCUGUUGUUUACAAAUAUACACAGACCGCCACCCCUUGUCUUACCGGAGUCAGCCGUUCUAUUCUGCCGAUGUAGCGUAUAGCCCGCUAGCUGUAUGUUGUCCAUGUCGUCGUUCAGCCACGACUCGGUGAAACAUAAUAUAUUACAGUUUUUAAUGUCCCGUUGGUAGGAUAACCGUAAUCUUAGGUCAUCCAAUUUAUUCUCAAAUGAUUGAAGAUUGGCUAAUAGGAUUGAUGGGAGCGGCAGUUUACGGCCACGAUAUCUCAGUCUCUUUAUCAUGCGAAUGACCGGGAUUUGGGCCUUGUCGGGUGUCUGUAUGAUAUCCUUCGCGGCCGACUCGUUGAAGAAAAAAUCUUCGUCCAAUACGAGGUGAGUAAUCACUGUCCUGAUAUCCAGAUGCUCUUUUUGGUUAUAAGAGACGAUGGCAGAAACAUUAUGUACAAAAUAAAUUACAAAUAACGCGGAAAAACACACAUAAUAGUACAAUUGGUUAGAGGGCUGUAAAACGGCAGCCAUCUUCUCCGGCGCCAUGAAUUGUGGUCCAUCACUUUAUCCGUAUCUAAAGUAGUACACAGCUGGUGAAAAACUGCUAUCAGGUAAAGUAUUUAUUUAUUAGUGAUCUUAGCUAUUUAGUUAUAGAAACGUGAUACCAUCAAUGCAAGCUGUAAAAUGACUCCCAGCUUAGAACACAGCAACCGUAGUAAUGUAGCUAGCUUGCUAGUUGGCUAGCUAGUGACAAGUAGAUUGUUGCCAGCUAGCAGGAGCAGAUAGCUUUAUCACUAGCUAGCAUGUCAUUCUGGGACAAGGAGCGUUUUAGCUAUUAGUUUAUUCCAAGGAAUAAUUGAAGACUACAAAAGUCUAUAGGACAAGUAGUGUAAAUCUUAUAGUCAUCAAGGCUGGACCCACUAAUUUCAUUCAUACUGACAAAUAUGAAAUGCCAUCUUAUCCCUGUCAGUAGUAGGAGUAGGAUGACUGCAGAGUAGGAUGAUUGCGGAGUUGGAUGAUUGCGGAGUAGGAUGAUUGCGGAGUAGGAUGAUUGCGGAGUAGGAUGAUUGCGGAGUAGGAUGAUUGCGGAGUAGGAUGAUUGCGGAGUAGGAUGACUGCGGAGUAGGAUGACUGCAGAGUAGGAUGAUUGCAGAGUAGGAUGAUUGCAGAGUACCCUGCCUCAGACUGUCAGGAUGUUCAUUCUCUAGCUCACAAACUACAUUCCUUUGCUGCGAUGAUUUAUUUUAUUAAUUAUUGUGUUUCACUUUUGUCUCGCAUGAUCUAUUCAGCUCUCCUGUGUCCUGCUGUCAGAGAUCAACCAAGUGCUAUUUACCAAGCAUGGGCUGACUCACUCACCUAUCAGGAGAACCAUCCUCCUGCAGUUUGAACUAGCCCUGCCGUUACUGUUUAGACAUUAGGACCUGUUGUCUUUUCUCUGUGGCUUACAGUCUAGUGCGUUUUAGUUGAACACCCGCUACAGAUGCUCUUGCUUUUUUGAGCAUCUCAAAGGUGAUAGACAAGUUAUUUUACUAUUGUAGCAUGCAGUGGUGAGAAUCCUAUUGUCCCCGUCAGGAGCCCAGGCUUUUGCCAUUGAUGGUAGAAUUCUGGUCUCUGGGCCACUCAAGCUUUAGAUUGCAUUCUGCUGAGGCACUUGUCUCUCUCUCCAUCAGUCAGCUACAUUGGUGACCAGGGUGGGAUCAUUUCGAUACACCAUUGGUGAUUAGGGUGGGAUCCUUUCCAUACACCAUUGGUGACCAGGGUGGGAUCCUUUCCAUACACCAUUGGUGACCAGGGUGGGAUCCUUUCCAUACACCAUUGGUGACCAGGGUGGGAUCCUUUCGAUACACCAUUGGUGACCAGGGUGGGAUCCUUUCCAUACACCAUUGGUGACCAGGGUGGGAUCCUUUCCAUACACCAUUGGUGACCAGGGUGGGAUCCUUUCGAUACACCAUUGGUGACCAGGGUGGGAUCCUUUCCAUACACCAUUGGGACCUGGGCACACAUGCCCCUAGAGAGAAGGGGGAAUACUGAAGCAUGCGUUGAUGACAGUUCUACAGUCUCCAUCAGAGGCCCAGGCUUUUGGCAUAGAUGGUAAAGCUCUCAUAUCUGGACUGCAACAUUGUAAGAUUGUGCCCUCCAUGGCACUUGAUAUACAUUGAUUGAUAGGUUACACUAUUUAGAUACUUCUAAGACACCUUUUGCUAUUUGUCUCUGUACUCAAUAAAUAGUGAAACACUGUUUGUGAUGGUGUUCUUUGUUUGAAUGUAUAUGCAUGAAACGUACAUUAUGGAAAACAUGUCUCACACUCAGUCAGUAUAAUAAAGCUAGUUAGUUAGUAAUGAAUGGAUUGGGACAAGGGAAUCCCGGCUGGCCAAACCCUCCCCUAACCCGGACGACACUGGGCCAAUCCCGGUCGCGACACAGCCUGGGAUCGAACCAGAGUCUGUAGUGACGCCACUAGCACUGCGAUGCAGUGCCUUAGACAGCUGCACCACUCGGGAGGCAGCCUGGGAUCGAACCUGAGUCUGUAGUGACGCCACUAGCACUCCGAUGCAGUGCCUUAGACAGCUGCACCACUCUGGAGGCAGCCUGGGAUCGAACCUGAGUCUGUAGUGACGCCGCUAGCACUGCGAUGCAGUGCCUUAGACAGCUGCACCACUCUGGAGGCAGCCUCCAUCAUUCUGAAAUGGAAGCAGUUUGGAACCACCAAGACUCUUCCUAGAGCUGGCCGCCCGGCCAAACUGAGCAAUCGGGGGAGAAGGGCCUUGGUCAGGGAGGUGACCAAGAACCCGAUGGUCACUCUGACAGAGUUCCUCUGUGGAGAUGGGAGAACCUUCCAGAAGGACAACCAUCUCUGCAGCCCUCCGCCAAUCAGGCCUUUAUGGUAGAGUGACCAUACGGAAGCCACUCCUCAGUAAAAAGGCACAUGACAGCCCGCUUGGAGUUUGCCAAAAGGCACCUAAAGGACUCUGACCAUGAGAAACAAGAUUCUCUGGUCUGAUGAAACCAAGAUUGAACUCUUUGGCCUGAAUGCCAAGCGUCACGUCUGGAGGAAACCUGGUACCAUCCCUACGGUGAAGCAUGGUGGUGGCAGCAUCAUGCUGUGGGGAUGUUUUUCAGCGACAGGGACUGGGAGACUAGUCAGGAUCGAGGGAAAGAUGAACGGAGCAAAGUACAGAGAGAUCCUUGAUGAAAACCUGCUCCAGAGCGCUCAGGACCUCAGACUGGGGUGAAGGUUCACCUUCCAGCAGGACAACGACCCUAAGCACACAGCCAGACAAUGCAGGACUGGCUUCGGGACAAGUCUCAAUGUGCUUGAGUGGCCCAGCCAGAGCCCGGACUUGAACCCGAUCAAACAUUUUACAUUUUAGUCAUAUAGCAGACGCUCUUAUCCAGAGCGACUUACAGUUAGUGAGUGUGUACAUUUUUCAUACUGGCCCCCCGUGGGAAUCGAACCCACAACCCUGGAGUUGCGAGCUCUAUGCUCUACCAACUGAGCCACAUGAAUGAUGGAGGCCACUGUGUUCUUGGGGACCUUCAAUGCUGCAGACAUUUUUUGGUACCCUUCCCCAGAUCUGUGCCUCGACACAAUCCUGUCUCAGAGCUCUACAGACAAUUCCUUCGACCUCAUGGCUAGGUUUUUGCUCUGACAUGCACUGUCAACUGUGGGACCUUAUAUAGACAGGUGUGUGCCUUUUUCAAGUCAUGCCCAAUCAAUUUAAUUUACCACAGGUGGACUCCAAUGAAGCUGUAGAAACAUCUCAAGGAUGAUCAAUGGAAACAGGAUGCAUCUGAGCUCAAUUUUGAGUCUCAUAGCAAAGGGUCUGAAUAUUUAUGUAAAUAAGGUAUCUGUUUUAUAUUUUUAAGUUAGCAAACAUUUCGAAAAUGUUUUUGCUUUGUCAUUAUGGGGUAUUGUGUGUAUUAUGAUUUUGAACAUUUUUGAUUAAAUCCAUUUUAGGAAAAGGCUGUUACGUAACAAUGUGGAAAAAGGGAAGGGGUCUGAAUACUUCCUGAAUGCCCUUUCAUUUGGGGUUCUAUGCAGCUAGUUACUUGAAAUGAUAUAAUGAUGCCAAAACAUGAUUCAACAGUUGAAUUCACUGACAGAGAUUGAAGGUGCAAACAAAUGUUAUAGUCAUCAUAAGAAUGUUUUACGAUCAUAUACAAAAAAAUCAGCUCCUCCCUCGACGGGGCAUCGGCCCACCACCUACUGGUCCGGUCGACAGAGAGACUGGUGGUGAACUGGUCUUACCACCUACUGGUCCGGUCGACAGAGAGACUGGUGGUGAACUGGUCUUACCACCUACUGGUCCGGUCGACAGAGAGACUGGUGGUGAACUGGUCUUACCACCUACUGGUCCGGUCGACAGAGAGACUGGUGGUGAACUGGUCUUACCACCUACUGGUCCGGUCGACAGAGAGACUGGUGGUGAACUGGUCUUACCACCUACUGGUCCGGUCGACAGAGAGACUGGUGGUGAACUGGUCUUACCACCUACUGGUCCGGUCGACAGAGAGACUGGUGGUGAACUGGUCUUACCACCUACUGGUCCGGUCGACAGAGAGACUGGUGGUGAACUGGUCUUACCACCUACUGGUCCGGUCGACAGAGAGACUGGUGGUGAACUGGUCUUACCACCUACUGGUCCGGUCGACAGAGAGACUGGUGGUGAACUGGUCUUACCACCUACUGGUCCGGUCGACAGAGAGACCGGUGGUGAACUGGUCCUGCAACAGUUGCGUAAAGCAGAAGAACACUGCUGCUCAUGACGGCGGAGGUCCCAGAGGAAGAUAUGGACCUCCAUCACGACGCUCUGAGUACCGGGUCAUCGUCUCCGGUCAGUGUUUGGCUUAGCUCCGUGUUUGUGUCUGGUCCGACUGUCUGGUUCGACUGUGGUGUGUCUGUAUGGUCCAAAUGUCUACCACCUCCUCCCUCUCCAGGUCUCCUCCUGUCUUUACUGUGUUACCCCUCCUCCUCCUCCUCUUCCUCCCUCUCCAGGUCUCCUCCUGUCUUUACUGUGUUACCCCCUCCUCCUCCUCCUCUUCCUCCCUCUCCAGGUCUCCUCCUGUCUUUACUGUGUUACCCCUCCUCCUCCUCCUCUUCCUCCCUCUCCAGGUCUCCUCCUGUCUUUACUGUUUUCCCUCCUCCUCCUCUCCUCCUCUCCAGGUCUCCUCCUGUCUUUACUGUGUUACCCCUCCUCCUCCUCCUCUUCCUCCCUCUCCAGGUCUCCUCCUGUCUUUACUGUGUUACCCCUCUCCUCCUCUUCCUCCCUCUCCAGGUCUCCUCCUGUCUUUACUGUGUUACCCCUCCUCCUCCUCCUCCCUUCCUCCCUCUCCAGGUCUCCUCCUGUCUUUACUGUGUACCCCUCCUCCUCCUCCUCCUCUUCCUCCCUCUCCAGGUCUCCUCCUGUCUUUACUGUGUUACCCCCUCCCCUCUCCUCUUCCUCCCUCUCCAAAGGGUUUCCCCUGUCUUUACUUUUGUUACCCCUCCCCCUCCUCCUUUUUUCCUCCUUCUCCAGUCUCCUCCUGUCUUUACUGUGUUACCUCCUCCUCUCCUCUCCUCCCUCUCCAGGUCUCCUCCUGUCUUUUCUGUGUUACCCCUCCUCCUCCUCUUCCUCCCUCUCCAGGUCUCCUCCUGUCUUUAUGUGUUAAACCCCUCCUCUCCUCCUCCUUUCCCCCUCUCCCGGUCUCCUCCUGUUCUUUACUGUGUUACCCCUAACCUCCUCCCCUUCCUCCCUCUCCAGGUCUCCUCUGUCUUUAAAUGUGUACCCCUCCUCCUCCUCUUCCUCCCUCUCCAGGUCUCCUCCCGUCUUUACUGUGUUACCCUCCUCCUUCCCCCCUUCCUCCCUCUCCAGUCUCCCCCUGUCUUUACUGUGUUACCCCUCCUCCUCCUCCUCUUCCUCCCUCUCCAGGUCUCUCCUGUCUUUACUGUGUUACCCCUCUCCCCCCUCUUCCUCCCUCCCAGGUCUCCUCCUUGUCUUUACUGUGUUACCCCCCCCCCUCCUCUCCUCUUCCUCCCCCUCCAGGUCUCCUCCUGUCUUUACGUGUUACCCCCCCUCCUCCUCUUCCCCCCUCUCCAGGUCUCCUCCUGUCUUUACUGUUUUACUCCUCCUCCUCCUCUUCCUCCCUUCCAGGCUCCUCCUGUCUUUACUGUGUUACCCCCUCCUCCUCUCUUUCCCCCCUCCCCGGUCCCUCCUGUCUUUAAAUGUGUUACCCCUCUCCUCCUCCUCUUCCUCCUCUCAGGUCUCCUCCUGUCUUUAAUGUGUUACCCCCCCCUCCCCUCCUCUCUUCCUCCUCUCCAGGUCUCCUCCUGUCUUUACUGUUUACCCCUUUCCCCCUCCUCCUUUUCCUCCCUCUCCAGUUUUUCCUCCUGUCUUUACUGGUUACCCUCCUCCUCCUCUUCCUCCUCUCCAGUCUCCUCCUUUUUUACUGUGUUACCCCUCCUCCUCCUCCUCUUCCUCCUCUCCAGGUUCCUCCUGUCUUUACUGUGUUACCCCUCCUCCUCCUCCUCUCUUCCUCUCCAGGUCUCCUCCUGUCUUUACUGUGUUACCCCUCCUCCUCCUCUUCCUCCCUCUCCAGGUUCCCCCCUGUCUUUACUGUGUUACCCCUCCUCCUCCUCCUCCUCCCUCUCCAGGUCUCUCCUGUCUUUACUGUGUUACCCCCCCUCCUCCUCCUCCUCCUCCUCCUCUUCCUCCCCUCCAGGUCUCCUCCUGUCUUACUGUGUUACCCCUCUCCUCCUCCUCUCCUCCCUCUCCAGGUCUCCUCCUGUCUUUACUGUGUUACCCUCCUCCUCCUCUUCCUCCCUCCCAGGGCUCCUCCUGUCUUAAUGUGUUACCCCUCCUCUCCUCUUCCUCCCCUCCAGGUCUCCUCCUGUCUUUACUGUGUUACCCUCCUCCUUCCUCCUCUUCCUCCCUCUCCAGGUCUCCUCCUGUCUUUACUGUGUUUUUACCCCUCCUCCUCUCCUCCUUCCUCCCUCUCCAGGUCUCCUCCUGUCUUUACUGUGUUACCCCUCCUCCUCCUCCUCUCCUCCUCUCUCCAGGUACUCCUCCUGUCUUUACUGUGUUAACUCCUCCUCCUCCUCCUCUUCCUCCCUCUCCAGGUCUCCUCCUGUCUUACUGUGUUACCCCCUCCCUCUCCUCUUCCUCACUCUCCAGGUCUCCUCCUGUUCUUUACUGUGUUACCCCCUCCUCCUCCUCCUCUUCCUCCCUCUCCAGGUCUCCUCCUGUCUUACUGUGUUUACUCCUCUCCUCCUCCUCUUCCUCCCUCUCCAGGUCUCCUCCUGUCUUUACUGUGUUACUCCUCCUCCUCCUCCUCUUCCUCCCUCUCCAGGUCUCCUCUCCUGUCUUUACGUGUUACCCCCUCCUCCUCCUCUUCCUCCCUCUCCAGGUCUCCGCCUGUCUUUACUGUGUUAACCCCUCCUCCUCCUCCUCUUCCUCCUCUCCAGGUCUCCUCCUGUCUUUACUGUGUUACCCCUCCUCCUCCUCCUCUUCCUCCCUCUCCAGGUCUCCUCCUGUCUUUACUGUGUUACCCCUCCUCCUCCUCCUCUUCCUCCCUCUCCAGGUCUCCUCCUGUCUUUACUGUGUUACCCCUCUCCUCCUCCUCUUCCUCCCUCUCCAGGUCUCCUCCUGUCUUUACUGUGUUACUCCCUCCUCCUCCUCUUCCUCCCUCUCCAGGUCUCCUCCUGUCUUUAACUGUGUUACCCCUCCUCCUCCUCCUCUCCUCCUCUCCAGUCUCCUCCUGUCUUUACUGGUUACUCCCCUCCUCUUUCCUCCCUCCAGGUCUCCUCCUGUACUUUACUGUGUUACCCCUCCUCCUCCCUCUUCCUCCCUCUCCAGGUCUCCUCCUGUCUUUACUGUGUUACCCCCCUCCUCCUCCUCCUCUUCCUCCCUCUCCAGGUCUCCUCCUGUCUUUACUGUGUUACCCCUCCUCCUCCUCCUCUUCCUCCCUCUCCAGUUCCUCCUGUCUUUUCUGUGUUACCCUCCCCUCCUCCCUCUUCCUCCCCCUCCAGGUCCCCCUCCUGGUCUUUACUGUGUUACCCCCCCUCCUCCUCCUCUUCCUCCCUUCCAGGUCUCCUCCUGUCUUUAAAUGUGUUACCCCUCCUCCUCCUCCUCUUCCUCCCCUCUCCAGGUCUCCUCCUGUCUUUACUGUGUUACCCCUCCUCCUCCUCCUCUUCCUCCCUCUCCAGUCUCCUCCUGUCUUUACUGUGUUACCCCCUCCUCCAUCCUCUUUCCUCCCCCUCGGUCUCCUCCUGUUCUUACUGUGUUACCCCCCUCCUCCUCCUCUUCCUCCCUCUCCAGGUCUCCUCCUGUCUUUACUGUGUUAACCCCUCCUCCUCCUUUCCUCCCUCUCCAGGUUCUCCUCCUGUCUUUUACUGUGUUACCCUCCCCCUCCUCCUCUUCCUCCCUCCAGGUCCCUCCCGUCUUUACUGUUUACCCCUCCUCCUCCCUUCCCCUCUCCAGGUCUCCUCCUGUCUUUACUGUGUUACCCCUCCUCCUCCUCCUCUUCCUCCCUCUCCAGGUCUCCUCCUGUCUUUACUGUGUUACCCCUCCUCCUCCUCCUCUUCCUCCCUCUCCAGGUCUCCUCCUGUCUUUACUGUGUUACCCCUCCUCCUCCUCCUCUUCCUCCCUCUCCAGGUCUCCCCUCUAGUGGUAGCUGGCAGGACCUAAAGGACCACAUGCGCGAGGCAGGCGACGUGUGUUAUGCUGACGUGUUCCGGGACGGUACCGGCGUGGUGGAGUUCGUACGCAAGGAGGACAUGACCUACGCUGUCCGCAAGCUGGACAACACCAAGUUCCGCUCCCACGAGGUACGGCAAUGGUUAGAGGUUUGGAACCCAAGGAAUUAGACUCGUUAAGACUGGAUCUGUGUCCCAAAGGGGCGGCAGGUAGCUUAGUGGUUAAGACUGGAUCUGUGUCCCAAAGGGGCGGCAGGUAGCUUAGUGGUUAAGACUGGAUCUGUGUCCCAAAGGGGCGGCAGGUAGCUUAGUGGUUAAGACUGGAUCUGUGUCCCAAAGGGGCGGCAGGUAGCUUAGUGGUUAAGACUGGAUCUGUGUCCCAAAGGGGCGGCAGGUAGCUUAGUGGUUAAGACUGGAUCUGUGUCCCAAAGGGGCGGCAGGUAGCUUAGUGGUUAAGACUGGAUCUGUGUAUCUGGCUUAUAUGCCUAUGAUGGUCAUGAUGCUUCUUGACAGUGUCUUAAAGUGUAUUUUCUACAAGUUAUUUGAAUUUUAUGAAAAAACAUGACUGUAAAUAAUUGAUUGCAACAAUAACAAAGGAUUUAAGAAACACAUUUUCAAAUGAAAAGAAACUUCUUGGCAGGGGAAAAACUAAUUUGAAUAAAUGUGGGUUUUGACACUUAUGUAGGUGUCAUAGCCAGCCGUAAAAUGUUGCAAUAAUGUCACAAAAGGUGUAAAUAUAUGACCAUAUUAUGACACUGGGUGUCCAUUAAAGUGUCUGGGCCGCCGUCUUUAUGUAGUGCACUACCUGACCCCAUUCUGGAACUUUGAAGGUUUCUUACAUUGAAUUCAUAAUGUUGCAACUCCGUCCCUCGGUUGUCAUGCCAUUGUUAUGAACGUUCUCAAGCUGCCCUCCACCAUAGUGUUGAUGAGCCCAGUCGUUCUGAACGGGGAUAAUGACCGUUUAGUCUAAAUCACACUAUAGUGGCCUGGAAAUACAAUGACAUCGCUAAAGUAGGCAAAUAUUUAGUAGGAAAAAAUGGUGACGUCGUUAUCAUGUGUUCAAAUUGACUUUAGACAGAUGGCAAUGUUGUCAUUAGCUAGCAAUGCUAACGUUAGCUAGCUAAAAUCCAGUGGUCUCCCCUAAAUCUGAGCUAGCUAGCUAACGUUAAUGUUAUACUCCAUCUAAAGUCAAUCUGGCAACAUCAAAAAUAUUUUUCUACUAUACUGAACAGAAAUAUAAACGCAACAUUCAACAAUUUCUAUGAUUUUACUGAGUUACAGCUCAUAUAAGGAAAUCAGUCAAUUGAAAUAAAUAAAUUAGGCCCUAAUCUAUGGAUUUCACAUGACUGGGCAGGGGCGUAGCCAUGGGUGGGCCUGGGAGGGCAUAGGCCCACCCACUGGAGAGUCAGGCCCAGCCAAUCAGUGAGUUUUUCCCCACGAAAGCGCUUUAUUACAGACAGAAUACUUCUCAGUUUUAUCAGCUGUCCGGGUGGCUGGUCAGAUGAUCCCACAGGUGAAGAAGCCGGAUGUGGACUUCCUGGGCUGGCGUUUCAGCUCCUGAUGUGGACUUUCUGGGAUCUUCCAUUUCAGCUCCUGAAACAUGGGACCAAGACUUUACAUGUGGCGGUUAUAUUAUGGUUCAGUGUUGUUAUUUGCCUCAUUGUGAAAUGUUAUUGUAUUUCCAAGCCAAUGUAUAAAAUCUUCAUCAGCGCUCAUUGAUGACGCAUUGAGUAGAAUGCUCAGUUGGGCAUCAGUCCUAAAACCAAUGUUCAAAACUAUAUAGUGAGGAACUGUACAACCCAUGAACAGGAUCUCUAUGGUCAGGAUCCUAUACACUGGGAUGUGUCUCAGGCAACCUUCUCUCCCCUCUGUGUGUGUCUGAUGUCCUGUGUGUGUGUGUUUGCAUCAUGUGUGUUUAGGGAGAGACGGCGUACGUGCGUGUGAAGGUGGACGGACCUCGCAGCCCUAGUUACGGACGCUCCCGCUCUCGUAGCCGUAGCAACGGGCGUAGCAACAGCCGCUCACGCAGCUUCUCACCGCCGCGACGCAGCAGGCCCUCUCCACGCUACUCGCCACGACACUCACGCUCACGCUCCCGCACCUAGACACACCUCCUGGACCCCCUGCCCCGCCCAGCGGACCCCAGCCCAGGGAGAUCGAUGUGAGAUCAUCAGACAGACUCCCUCCGGUGGACCUUCUAAUGCGUUACAUCAUUCUGCUGUUCCUCUUGACUCGUCUUCCUCUUCUUGUUCUUUCAUCCUCCUGUUUUUGGUUCAGUUUGCAUCAGUUUGUUUGUUUUUUCAUUUUCGUUUGAUUGAUGAUCUCUGUUCUCUUUUUGUAUCUCUUUCCCUCCUCUGUCUCCUGUCUCUUUACAGUCCUGCACUCCCAUCUCUCCUCUCUCUGUGUCCCCCUCCCAUCUCUCCUCUCUCUGUGUCCCCCUCCCAUCUCUCCUCUCUCUGUGUCCCCCUCCCAUCUCUCCUCUCUCUGUGUCCCCCUCCCCUCCCAUCUCUCCUCUCUCUGUGUCCCCCUCCCGUCUCUCCUCUCUCUGUGUCCCCCUCCCAUCUCUGUGAAUGAAGGUCUUUAUUUUCUUGGUGUAAUGGCUGCUGGGAGAAAGGGAAGGUGUAAUGCAUUAUGGAGGGAUGGGGGUGGAAGAGGGAGUUUUUUAAACAUUUUGUGUUGAUGGUUUGAUUGUGUUCUGAUAGGCUUUUGGGACACAGGGACAGAGCCUGAUUGGCUGGGAAACAGUUCAUAUUAGGAUUAACAGGAGGAGGAGUCAAAUAACCAGCCAAUGCUAUGACGACAGUAGUCUUUCACCCAAUCAGUUUAUUUUCAUGAUCCAGUUAUUACUGUUAGUGUGUUUUAAAACUGCAGCCUGUACUUCACUGUACUGUAAACUCAAUACACUAGUUUAGCUUUGCCACUUCCCUCUCUCAUUCCUUAUCCCCCUCUCUCUGUCCUUCCCUCUCUCCUUCCUUAGCCCCCUCUCUCUCUCUGUUUCCCUCUCUCAUUCCUUAUCCCCCCCCUCUCUGUCCUUCCCUCUCUCCUUCCUUAGCCCCCUCUCUCUGUCCUUCCCUCUCUCAUUCCUUAUCCCCCUCUCUCUCUCUCUCUCCUUCCUUCCCUCUCUCAUUCCUUAUCCCCCCCCUCUCUCUCUCUCUCUCCGUCCUUUCCUCUCUCAUUCCUUAGCCCCCUCUCUCUCUCUCCGUCCUUCCCUCUCUCAUUCCUUAGCCCCCUCUCUCUCUCUCUCCUUCCCUCCUCUAUCAUUCUCCGUCCCUUAGCCCCUCUCAUUCCUUAGCCCCUCUCUACUCUCCCAGUCCUUCCCAUCUCUCAUUCCAUUAGGCACCCGCUCUCUCUCUCUCUCGGCCUUCCCUCUCUCAUUCCUUAGCCCCCUCUACUCUCUCCUCUCCUCCGUCCUUCCCUCUCUCAUGCCUAGCCCCCUCUCUCUCUCUCCGUCCUUUCCCUCUUCUCAUUCAUUAGGCCCCCUCUCUCUCUCUCCGUCCUUCCCUCUCUCUCUCUCUCCGUCCUUCCCUCUCUCAUUCCUUGGUCCCCCUCUCUUUCCUCUGAUUCCUCCGCUGGUUUUCUAUACGCUUGCUUCUCAGAGCAUAGCAUGCAUGCCUCCUUUUCAUCCAGACUGGUGUACCAUUAGGUGACAGUUUUGUAUCAUUUAUUUUGUAAUAUACUACAAAAUAGUGUGUCUGUAGUGGCAGCAUCACUGAUUGGUUGGUUGUAUUUUCUCUAGUCUUGGUUCAGAGUCAGAGAACUAGUUUUUUAAUUCAGGCAAGUCUUUUUUUCAUAGCUGAUAGGCUGUUCUAGUGUGGCGUUUUCUGUAUCAGGCGGAGUGAUUCUAACCUGUUUCCCCUUCCCUUUCUCUGUUGGUUCUGGGAUCUGUCUCAAGGAGGGCUGUGAUUGGAGGAGGGCUCUCUUGUCUCCCCAUCCCGGAGCCAAUCAGACCAUCAGCAUCAGAGCAGGAUUCAGGACUAGGAUUAAUGAUGGAGAGAAAGAGAACCCGGAUCGGGACCGGCCACAGCCCACUGUAACCUAGAAACUAGACCUAACUCAAUUGGCUCUAAAACACAAAAUACUUUUUUUUUAGCAUUUUAUUUCCCUGUGUGGAACCUCCAGCACCCGUCUGGGAUCCAGCUGUAGUUGUUUUGGUUUAAAAGUGGAGCUCAAAGCUGAGAGCAAAACCAGGCAUCUCAGGAUGGAGCCGCGCGCGUAAGGAGAGUGGUAACUAGACCAGUCGAUCUGGGAGGAGGGAUGGAGGGAUCUGGGAGGAGGGAUGGAGGGAUGGAGGCUCGCGUAAGGAGAGUGGUAACUAGACCAGUCGAUCUGGGAGGAGGGAUGGAGCGAUCUGGGAGGAGGGAUGGAGCGAUCUGGGAGGAGGGAUGGAGCGAUCUGGGAGGAGGGAUGGAGCGAUCUGGGGGGAGGGAUGGAGCGAUCUGGGGGGAGGGAUGGAGCGAUCUGGGGGGGUGUGUAAUGAUAAUACUUUUUUUUAUUUUUUUAGGUUUGUGUUCUUUCCUCAGUAGGUUGAGGAUGAUGAGUGUUUCUCUAGUUGGUAACUUUUAAUGUUUCAGCUUUUCCAAUAAAGUCUGCCUUCUACAGUAGCAACAGUGUCUGUUACUCUGAUUCCUCACCUAAAGUGUUUCUGAUUCAUCAUGAUUCAUCACCUAAACAGUGUUUCUGAUUCAUCACCUAAACAGUGUUUGAUUCAUUUACAUUUUAGUCAUUUAGCAGACGCUCUUAUCCAGAGUGACUUACAGUUAGUGAGUGCAUACAUCAUUUUUUUUAUUUUUCAUACUGGCCCCCCGUGGGAAUCGAACCCACAACCCUGGCGUUGCAAACCCCAUGCUCUACCAACUGAGCUACAUCCCUGCCGGCCAUUCCCUCCCCUACCCUGGACGACGCUGGGCCAUGGGUCUCCCGGUCGCGGCCGGCUACGACAGAGCCUGGAUUCAUCAUGAUUCAUCACCUAAACAGUGUUUCUGAUUCCUCACCUAAACAGUGUUUCUGAUUCAUCACCUAAACAGUGUUUCUGAUUCCUCACCUAAACAGUGUUUCUGAUUCCUCACCUAAACAGUGUUUCUGAUUCAUCACCUAAACAGUGUUUCUGAUUCCUCAUGAUUCCUCACCUAAACAGUGUUUCUGAUUCAUCACCUAAACAGUGUUUCUGAUUCCUCAUGAUUCCUCACCUAAACAGUGUUUCUGAUUCAUCACCUAAACAGUGUUUCUGAUUCAUCAUGAUUCCUCACCUAAACAGUGUUUCUGAUUCAUCACCUAAACAGUGUUUCUGAUUCCUCAUGAUUCCUCACCUAAACAGUGUUUCUGAUUCAUCACCUAAACAGUGUUUCUGAUUCCUCACCUAAACAGUGUUUCUGAUUCCUCAUGAUUCCUCACCUAAACAGUGUUUCUGAUUCAUCAUGAUUCCUCACCUAAACAGUGUUUCUGAUUCCUCACCUAAACAGUGUUUCUGAUUCAUCACCUAAACAGUGUUUCUGAUUCGUCACCUGAAACAGUAUUUCUCUGGUGUACAAGUCUGAUGUAUAAUUCUACACCAUUAUAGUUUGUGUUUCUCCCACAGCAGAAGUCUCUGAAAGAAUGAGUGGGUUCGUAUCCCACUUUUGACACCAUACAAUGUUACACUAGCUUUGGUGAGCAAGGACAAGCAUGUAUUCAUUCAGCCGUCUUUAUUCCAAACUGAAUCAACGUGACCACAGUUGGCAGUAUAAUCACAUCAUUACAUAUACAUGAACACUGUUUGAUUGAUCCAGUAGCAUACAUCAGCUCCUGGCAUACUCAACAUCAACAACACAGGACAAACAACACUUCACUUAUGUACAACAUAUCACAGGACAUACUUCAAAGUUUAUAACGACAUAUAGAUGAAUACUGUUAGUGUGGGGUUAUGGUCUAUAGUCUGCCUGUGUUAAGGAAUCUGAUGCUGGUUGGAAUGACUUGCGUGCCCGGUUUGCUCUGCAGAGACCAGACAUCCACUAGCUAUACCAUGUGGUAUUAUAGACCAUACUGUAGAAUCAUAGACCAUACAUCCACUAGCUAUACCAUGUUGUAUUAUAGACCAUACUGUAGAAUCAUAGACCAUACAUCCACUAGCUAUACCAUGUGGUAUUAUAGACCAUACUGUAGAAUCAUAGACCAGACAUCCACUAGCUAUACCAUGUUGUAUUAUAGACCAGACAUCCACUAGCUAUACCAUGUGGUAUUAUAGACCAUACUGUAGAAUCAUAGACCAGACAUCCACUAGCUAUACCAUGUGGUAUUAUAGACCAUACUGUAGAAUCAUAGAAAAGUAUCUUCAGACAGACAGACAAGCCUUAUCUAUAAGUCUGUAUCAGUCCUCUGUCUGUCCCCUCCUAUCUACCUGUCUGUCUGUCUGUCUGUCUGUCUGUCCCCUCCUAUCUACCUGUCUGUCUGUCCCCUCCUAUCUACCUGUCUCUGUCUACCUGUCUGUCUGUCCCCUCCUAUCUACCUGUCUGUCUGUCCCCUCCUAUCUACCUGUCUGUCUGUCCCCUCCUAUCUACCUGUCUGUCUGUCUGUCCCCUCCUAUCUACCUGUCUGUCCCCUCCUAUCUACCUGUCUGUCCCCUCCUAUCUACCUGUCUGUCUGUCCCCUCCUAUCUACCUGUCUGUCUGUCCCCUCCUAUCUACCUGUCUGUCUGUCUGUCCCCUCCUAUCUACCUGUCUGUCUGUCUGUCCCCUCCUAUCUACCUGUCUGUCUGUCCCCUCCUAUCUACCUGUCUGUCUGUCUGUCUGUCCCCUCCUAUCUACCUGUCUGUCCCCUCCUAUCUACCUGUCUGUCCCCUCCUAUCUACCUGUCUGUCUGUCCCCUCCUAUCUACCUGUCUGUCUGUCUGUCUGUCCCCUCCUAUCUACCUGUCUGUCCCCUCCUAUCUACCUGUCUGUCCCCUCCUAUCUACCUGUCUGUCUGUCCCCUCCUAUCUACCUGUCUGUCUGUCUGUCCCCUCCUAUCUACCUGUCUGUCUGUCUGUCCCCUCCUAUCUACCUGUCUGUCUGUCUGUCCCCUCCUAUCUACCUGUCUGUCUGUCCCCUCCUAUCUACCUGUCUGUCUGUCUGUCUGUCCCCUCCUAUCUACCUGUCUGUCUGUCCCCUCCUAUCUACCUGUCUGUCCCCUCCUAUCUACCUGUCUGUCUGUCCCCUCCUAUCUACCUGUCUGUCUGUCCCCUCCUAUCUACCUGUCUGUCCCCUCCUAUCUACCUGUCUGUCUGUCCCCUCCUAUCUACCUGUCUGUCUGUCCCCUCCUAUCUACCUGUCUGUCUGUCUGUCCCCUCCUGUCUGUCUGUCUGUCUACCUGUCUGUCUGUCCCCUCCUGUCUGUCUGUCCCCUCCUAUCUACCUGUCUGUCUGUCUGUCCCCUCCUAUCUACCUGUCUGUCCCCUCCUAUCUACCUGUCUGUCUGUCUGUCCCCUCCUAUCUACCUGUCUGUCUGUCCCCUCCUAUCUACCUGUCUGUCCCCUCCUAUCUACCUGUCUGUCUCACUGAGGUCUCUCUACCACCCUAUUUUCCAGCUUAUUAUUAUUAUUAUUAUUAUUAUUAUCAUUAUUGUAUCAGUUCGGGAUAAAUCACCUUCAUUCCCUUCUCUCACCGGGGCCACGGUGCACUCUGGGUGGAAACAAGAUGCGGGCUGUGUCGCGCUAGUGGAAAAUGCUCGCAGCACGCGGGAGGAGGCCACGGAACAGCCAAUCAGAUCGUCAAUGCAGUGCAGGGGGGCGCGGUCGGUCAAAACGUGGCAUGUAAUUAACCGGUAA